AUGCCUUCUUCACCUUCCCAUCGCGAAAGAAGAGACGCCUCCCACGAACGCAGCGAACGUAAAGAGCGCCAUCAACAACGACGCAAAGGUCACCGCUACAACGACAGCACAAGCGAAUUGUUACCUUCUUCUCCACGCCAACAUCGCAACAGACGUUCAGAAUCACAGAGUCCGAGAAAGGAAAGACCGAGGAAGAAGAGAUAUCACUAUACGGAGGAUGAAAGCACGGAAGGAGGCAGUAAAAGCACGAGUAAUGCAUUGAGUGCAGGCGCAUUAGAGCACUUGAAUGCACUUAAUGUUGGAGACAUUCCUUGGAAUAGUAAUGGCGGGAUCCAAGGCGCGAAGCGGUAUAGGAGUGUUGAGGAAGAAGCGGAGAGAAGGGAAAGAAGGGAAAGAAGAGAGAGGCGAAGGAGGGAGAGAGCUGAAGGUGAAGACGAUCGUUACAGGGAGAGGCGGAAGCAAUCAAGAGUCGUUAGUGGGACUUAUCUCGAACGUGGAGCUGAGCCUUAUGAUGAGAAAGUCGUUCUGGUCGAUCACACAGGACGUAUGAGGGGUGGUGCUGGUAGUGUCGAGUCUGACGAGGAUGAANGCCCGGAGGCGGAAACGAAAAGAAUCGGCAAGUCUUGCUCAAACGAGCUCGGAAAAAUCCUUGCUAAUGGUAUUUUAGGCAUCAUCGGUAUUGUGGUGAUAGUCAUAUUGGCGAUCGUGAUACCGGUGGCUGUGGUUCUGUCCAACAAGAACAAAUCCUCUUCUCCAACGAGUACAGCUGGCGACACAUCUUCAAGUUCACCGUCAAACAAAAACUUGGACGGCAUGUCAGAAUCAGAUAUACCAAAAGAAGCACAAGGAACAAUCCUGGAUCCCUUCACCUGGUAUGACACGACCGAUUUCAACGUCACAUACACAGCAGCGACCGUAGGCGGACUCUCCAUCAUGGGACUCAACGACACGUGGAAUGACUCGACAAAAGCAAACGAUAACGUACCUGCUCUCAAUGAAACUUGGGAGUACGGCAAGAUGCCAAUCAGAGGUGUCAACAUUGGAGGCUGGUUCAGCAUUGAACCAGUCAUAACCCCCUCUCUCUUUNCCGACUUCAAGACCAGCGAUGGCGUGAUAGAUGAGUGGACGCUAUGCAGCAAACUGGGGGCAAGCAGAGCCCAGACAACACUUGAAAAGCACUACGCAUCCUUCGUGACCGAAGCAGACUUUGCCGACAUUCAAGCAGCGGGAUUCGAUCACGUACGCAUACCAUUUUCAUAUUGGGCGGUCACAACUUACGAUGGAGACCCGUACGUUCCCAAGAUCUCCUGGCGUUACCUUCUCCGAGCAAUCGAGUGGGCUCGCAAAUACGGUCUCCGCAUCAACCUCGACCUCCAUGGCGCUCCUGGAAGUCAAAACGGCUGGAACCACAGCGGACACCAGGGCGCCAUAAACUGGUUGAACGGCACAGACGGCACGACCAAUGGCCAACGCACUCUAGACAUCCACUCUCAACUAAGCACUUUCUUCGCCCAACCCCGCUACAAGAACAUCAUCGCCAUCUACGGCCUCGUCAACGAGCCCAAGAUGACAUAUUUGGACGUGGACACCGUGCUCACCUGGACAAAAUCCGCAAUCCAAAAGAUACGCUCCAACAACAUGACAGCGAUAAUAACCUUCGGCGAUGGUUUCAGAGGUCUAGACAACUGGCAAGGCGAACUCCAAGAUUUUGAGGACUUGCUGUUGGACGUGCAUCAAUAUGUCAUUUUCAACAAUCAACAGAUCGCUCUCGAUCACUCUGCCAAAGUCGAGUUUGCGUGUGGAGGCUGGACGAACCAGACAUUGAGGUCUAGCAACAAAGCCACUGGCUUUGGACCUACACUAUGCGGCGAAUGGAGCCAGGCAGAUACAGACUGCGCCACCUACCUCAACAACGUAGGCGUAGGAUCCCGCUGGGAAGGAACACUAAACAUGGUAUCCACACCAGGCGGCUCACUAGACGGCAGCGUGCUCAACCCCACCUGUCCAACAUCAAACUCGCCUCGCUGUUCCUGCAGCAAUGCCAACGCGUCCCCCUCCUCCUAUUCCCCAGCCUACAAACAAUGGCUGCUCGACUUUGCAGAAGCGCAAAUGUACAGUUUUGAGCAGGGGUGGGGUUGGUUCUACUGGACGUGGAAGACCGAGUCUGCCACACAGUGGAGCUAUAGAGAUGGUCUUGCUGCUGGCAUUUUGCCGCAAAAGACUUGGGAGAGGACGUUUGAGUGUGCGAGUGUUCCUGAUUAUUCUGGUAUGGGUUUGCCUGAGAAUUACUGA